AUGUCUACAUACGAUAUUGUGAUAAAGAACAUAUCACGGAAUCAAGCAUUGUUAUUCAGUUUAGUUGCAGAACAUUGCUAUAUUAUUAUUAACAAAAUAUUAGAAAAGACGCCGAGGAGAAGUUCCACUUCAACUGUAGCCAAGAGCAGUAGUGGACGAAGGUCACACAAAUCGCUGCACUUGUGCUCGUCGCAGAAUAUUCCACCAAAAAUGACAUACUAUGAUACAUACAUACACACACAUACACACAGACAUAGACAGACACAUACAUACACAGAUGAACCGACAAAAAAUAAUGCAGCUAGGCGAAAACACACAACUGCAAUGGUCAACAGUGACGGGUGGAAGUGGAGAGGAGGGGAGGGACGAUCUUAUUCUCGAAUGAGAGAUACAAACAAGCCGUGA